AUGUAUGUCAUCAGCACUGAUAAGACUGCAGAGAAUUUUUGUUUGAUCUAUGACACCAAGGAUCACUUUGCCAUUCAUUGUAUUACACCUGAGGAGGCCAAGUAUAAAUUGUGCAAAGUAAGAAAGAUAUUUGUGGGGACAAAAGGAAUCCCUCAUCUGGUAACCCAUGAUGCUCAUACCAUCCGUUACCCUGAUCCCCUCAUCAAGGUGAAUGACACCAUUCAGACUGACUUAGAGACUGGCAAGAUUACUGAUUUCAUCAAAUUUGGCACUGGUAACCUGUGCAUAGUGACUGGAGGUGCUCACCUGGGAAGAAUUGGUGUGAUUACAAACCAGGAGAGACAUCCAGGUUCUUUUGAUUUAGUUCAUGUGAAAGAUGUGAAUGGCAACAGCUUUGCCACACGGCUCUCAAGCAUUUUCGUUAUUGGCAAAGGCAACAAACCGUGGAUCUCUCUUCCCUGUGGAAAGGGUAUUCGCCUUACCAUUGCUGAGGAGAGAGACAAGAGAUUGGCAGCCAAACAGAGCAGUGGAUAAAAUGAUCUCUAUGUGAUGUGA